AUGGCGAACGCUCUGUCAUCUUUGCGCCCCGAAAGCGUGCGCGAGCUGCUCUCAGCCAUCUCACCCCUAAUCUCAUGGAAGGCGCUAGCUCUGCUGCUAGCAAUCAUUAACUUGAAGAACAUGCCGCUCAUUUGGCACGAUCCCUAUUUUCCCAAGGGGACACCACUAGUCACUCACAGCGGGAAGCCGACGCAUCCGGUAUUCGUGUCGUACGGCAUCUCAUCCAGAGCACCAAUUCUGGAGACGGAUUACAAUCAGCACAAGUCCAACAGCACGUACUUCUCCGACCUGGACGUGGCCCGCACGGCCCUGGUGACCCGUCUAUACAGCCCCGGAGCUUCAAUCGUGAGCAAGGAGCUCGACGCAGAGCUCCUAAAAGCCAGUCAUCGGGACGGCACGAAGCCCCCCAAGCGCAAGGGCAUUUAUGUAGCCCUGGGCUCGGUCUACUGCAGCUUCAAGCGCGAGAUCAAGCCCUUUGAAUUGUACGAGAUGGAGACCAAGGUUAUCGCCUGGGACCAGAAGUGGAUGUACGUUAUGACGUUCUUUUUCCGGCCUGCGAGCCGGAAAGGCGGCGAGAAGACGCUCUUCGCGACUGCUCUGAGCAAGUACGUCGUCAAGAAGGGACGGCUGACCGUGCCGCCGGAGAGAGUCCUGCGGGCCAGUGGCUUCCUGCCUCCGCGGCCGGAGGGUUCUGCCGCACCUGAGGUGACUACCUCGGCUGAGGCAUCGGGCAUGGGGACACCGGUCAACGGAGAGGGCCUUACGGCUAGUGCUUCGGGGGUAGACGGGUCUUUAGUGCGGGAAGUGCUGAAGUUGCGGGAGGAGGACAUGCCGGAACCGAAAUCGCUGGAGGCGGAAAAGAAGAGCAACACUGCGUCGUGGGACUCGAAUGAGUGGACAUGGGAGCGGAUUGAGCAGGAACGGCUGCGUGGGUUGAAAGUCAUAGAAGGAUAUUCAACGAUGGAUGCUAAGCUGUACGAAGAGUGGCAGCGUUAG